AUGAAUUCUACAACUAAAAUCUACACUGUUAUGUGUACAUGUUCAUCAUGUACCAAAAAUGCAAUUAGUAGAAUUUUGCAAAAUGCACAGACCUUUAAGUGUCAUAAUAAUGCUGAUAAGUUAUUAGACAUUGGCCCAAAAAAUCGAGUUAAUACAGAAGUUAUCAAAGAAGAGACAGACGUUGAGAGGGUAGAUGUAUCUGAAACAUCGAUUGAUUAUGAAGACAAUUAUUCUAUUAUAUCAGCCGAAACUACCAUACAGAGUGUACCUUUUUUGAGAGAAGACCAGAUUUUUCAAUUCGAAGAGUCUGAUGUUGAGACAACAUCAUUGGCUUCUGACAAUGACGAUCCUGAUUCAAGCGAUGAGUCUGAAGAUGAGAGCAAAGUUGAGGUUGCCGGUGUUGAAGAUUUUGAAGACAUGGUUGCUUCUGAAAUACUUGCCUUUGUAGUUGCUUCUUUGAAAAUUCAUGAAAUGUCUCAAACAAGCCAAUUCAUGGCUCUAUUUGGCGUUAUCUUUCAGGCGUUUUACUUGGUUCAAGCAGGUAGAACUGCUAUGUUGAAAUUCUUCUGCCAUCUUCUUGUUGCCUUUGAUAAGGAUACCGAUCUCCCACUCACCAUUGAUGUAUUAAAGACUAUGACUGACUUUAAUUUCAUGACAAAAAGCAUCGUCAAAUACACCGUCUGCAACAAGUGCUUUGCAAUUUACCUACCAGGCAAUCGCCAACCAAAUUGCACAUUCGAAAAAUACACAACCACACUACCAACAUACUGCGGAAAUCCUCUUUUCUCUGACACCAAAGCUGAUCGCGCCGUCCCUCUCAUGGUUUUCCCAUACAACUUGCUCAAGAAUGCAUUGGCACAGCAUUUUGCCAAACCUGGGUUCGAGCAUCAAAUCGAAAAUGCAACCGAAGCUGAGAUGUGGUUCUGCGCAGAAUCUGAUGCAGAGAGAGCUGUUUUGGAGAAGCAGCAUGGCACCCAUUUUUCCGAGUUGCAUUGCCUACACUACUUUGAUCCCUUCCGAUGCACGAUUGUUGAUCCCAUGCACAAUUUGUUUCUUGGGACAGCAAAGCGUAUGAUCAGUGUUUGGAAAGACCUGAGGUAUCUCCCAACUGCUGUUCUCAUCCGUAUGCAACGUCUUGCAGAUGGUAUUCUUGUUCCUCCUGGGUAUGCCAUUUUAUCAACAAAGAUCGAAUCUGGUUUCCCGUAUAUGAAGGCAGACGAGUGGCAAUCGUGGUGUCUGAUUUAUUCGUUGGUGGUACUAAAAGACGCUUUGCCUGAAGACGACUAUAAAAACUGGACUCUCUUUGUAAAAGCAUGCCGAAAGUUGACCGGUCCUUCAGUCACAUAUUCAGAAAUUGACAGUGCAUACCAGCUCCUUAGAGAAUUUGGAAAAGAGUGUGAGACUCUUUAUGGAGAGAGCAGCAUCACGCCAAAUAUGCACUUGCAUAUGCACUUGCGUGAGUCAAUGCUUAACUUUGGUCCAGUAUACGCAUUCUGGCUGUAUAGCUUCAAGAGAUACAAUGGCAAGUUGAAGAACAUCAAGACGAACUGUUGCAAUGGUCUUGAGGUCACCUUCAUGAGAGUCUUCCUGGAGAAAGCAUUCAUUGGUAGCUUUCUUCGAGCGUAUUCUACCAAUCUUUCAUCACCACUGAUAGAGUUCCUUGAGGGGGUUGCCCAAGUAAAAUCAAAUUCUGACAGCUCUUCUCCCUUGAAUUUGGAUGCUGGCCACCCUCCUGCGUUGCCAUUUAGCUUAGCAAUGUUCCAGCAAGCUGCUACAAAUCCAUGGUACAAUGUUACCGGAAGUGAGGCCUUGCCCCCAACCACAUUGCCAAUCAAGUUGCAGCCUUUGACUAUGAUGAAGGAUGAUUACUAUCAGUGGUUAUUUGAAUUCUAUGUCAAGGCUUACCAGAGUACAAGUGUUUCCUUCUGUGUGGUAGGGAGAAUCCCAAUUGGUGAGGAUGUAUUUGUGAACAAUCGGAUUCAAAAGGUGAAGAAGAUUUCGUUGCUGGGGCAAGAGUACUGCAGUGGUGAAAAGAAGAAGCGCGGGUCUUUUGUGAGGGUAUUGUUUCUUGAGAGAACAAAUGACAAUGUAUCUGAAUUCCCUGGUCAAAUAGAGUAUUUAUUUACUUAUACCAUCAAGAUCGGUGGAGUCAAAAGAGUGUCAACGUUUGCAUUCAUUAAAUGGUUUCCCGCCUACCAUUCAAGUAGUCAUCAGCCAUUAGCUGAUCAAGGUCUGCAGUCGUGGGACAAGGGAUUUAUGGAAGAAGAUGCUUCGUGCAUUGUUCCAGUGCAUCAUCUGCAUUCGUGCUUUGCGUUGACUACGCAUAAAAUGCAGAGUGGGACGCAAAAGCAUCUGGUUAUUCCACUGCCUAGAAAAGUAGUCACAUAA